AUUUUCUGUUGCUAUCGCAGAGCCUUGUGCACGUAUCAAUGGGCCGCCGAAGAGCAAGAACCUGGGUCGUCGGCGAACAGCCCUCCAGGUCACUCUGAAUUGCUAGACGCCGGCUGUGCUUCUCUCAUAUCUUUUACCUACUUUCCUCUCUAUUUCCUCCUCCUUUAGACCUUAUUCUGCCGACAUGAGGUUCCCUGGUGGUGUGCCUCUGACAUCGUCCAGGCACAACAUGAUUACUCGGUAGACUGCGAAGGACUUCGAGAAGAGGCUGUGUGAAGAGGCAAUGGUUUCUUGGUAGCCACGGCGGCUAAGGAGAAUGAGCACACCCCUCAUUGAGGCGUGGAGGGUCGGGCUGCUGUCAAGGUGAGGUUAACACAGUCGCCCACAACUGACUGGCCUGGCUAUAGCAACCCCCCGACCAUAUCUGGGUUGACCGCAAAGGAGACGAAGCGAUAGGAGCUUGGUGGAAACUGUGACGGGCACGACGGGCAAAUGGUGCGAAACUGGACGGUUUUUUUGCUUUUCUGACGAGCCUUGAAAUGCGUCUUGUUGGCCCUCGCCAACCCUCCACCUCCAGCCAUUGGCUCCUGUGUCGCAGAUUUCUCUCCAGCGAGUCUCCAACACUCCAGCGUCUCAGAAACUGCCUCAGCCAGUGGUCAUACUCCUUGGCUGGCUUCUUUGACUCGUCGACUAUCCCAAUCUGAAUCCCACGUCCCAAACCAUCCCCCCCGGGCGACGUCGACUGCGGACGGUGCCGACAAGUAGUGGUGUGUCCGUCGAAAACCCCCCCCUGGACCCUGAACUUUCCUCGUCCUGCUCUUUCUUGGGCCAGCGUCCUGCGCCUCUGCUGCAAACUACUGUGCACUUACCUUUACACUGCAUCAAGCGGUCUCUACUUACUAGUCUCUGCCAGCUGUCAGCCAGCUCGAUCCUUUCACGAAACUGCAGGUCCCAAUAACCACCGUGCAACUUUUACACUGCGGGCUCGAACAAAAAACCUUCAACAAACGCGCCUAACCGCUGGACACGGUUCGCGUUUUCCCAAUCCGCCGCUCAUUCAGUUCACCCUGCGCCGAACCGGACGGGCACUUUACCUGCCGCUGCAAGUGGAAAAUCGUCCACAACGACGAUAACUGCUCAGUCUCAAGCUCGUCCAGUUCGUCUUUGGCCGUCUAGAAAGUCCAAUCAAUCGACAAACGAUGGCGCAACCGACACAAUCCAUAAAAUGUGUGGUAACCGGCGACGGUGCCGUGGGAAAGACUUGUUUGCUGAUAUCCUACACCACCAAUGCAUUUCCCGGCGAAUAUAUUCCCACAGUCUUUGACAAUUACUCCGCCAGCGUCAUGGUAGACGGCAAACCGGUGUCAUUGGGGUUGUGGGAUACCGCCGGUCAAGAGGAUUAUGACAGAUUACGCCCACUAUCAUACCCUCAGACAGACGUCUUCCUCAUAUGCUUUUCUAUUGUUUCACCUCCGAGCUUCGACAACGUCAAGGCAAAGUGGUACCCCGAGAUUGAACACCACGCCCCAAAUGUACCUAUCAUCCUCGUCGGAACAAAGCUAGAUUUGAGGGAAGACAAGGCAACAGCAGACAAUCUCAGGGCGAAAAAGAUGGAACCUGUCUCCUACGAGCAAGCCCUAGCGGUAGCCAAGGAGAUCAAAGCUGUCAAAUAUCUGGAAUGUUCGGCACUCACGCAACGAAAUCUCAAGAGCGUCUUCGAUGAAGCCAUUAGAGCCGUCCUCAACCCUCGACCUGCGACAACCAAGAAGAAGUCGAGGUGUACCAUCCUCUAGUAGUUUUCGGGAUACGGUUGUUCUGGAUUGGGGAAUCUUCUGGGAUUUUGCGUUAUUUUGGCUCGAGGUGCAUCGCAAGAGGUGGGUAUAGACUUUGUCUGUGUUGCCGCUUCUCCAUUCCGAUACAAUUUUGCCUUCUCGCAGGCGAGCCAACUUUUGAACGCACAUCAGAAACGGUUGGCCGAGGGAUGAUUUUGCGCAUACGAAUAAUACAGUGGCAAUCUAGUCGGGAAGAAGGCGUUGAUAUAGGAAGGGAUUCACAUCCAAUAUCCUGAGCAGCAGCGGCGGCAGCAGCAGGCCUUUUUCAUGGCAAAGUUUGCAUUUUGUAGCUACCCGAAGCGAAAUAUCGGUCGCUCAAUGCCUCACACGAGACAGUCGACUGGGAUGGAUGUCACCACGGUCAUCCUUGACCUCGCCGCCUGCCACAGCGGUGGCGUUUGCACCAGUCUCGGGCGGCCCCUUUCUGUUUGAGCCGGCCUUUUCGCGCUCAGCUUUCUCCUUGAG